UCGAGCGAGUGAGUAUGAUGGUGAUCCUGCUGAACUGUGUGACGCUGGGGAUGUACCAGCCCUGCGAGAACAUCGACUGCUCCUCCGAACGCUGCCAGAUCCUGCAGGCCUUCGAUGCCUUCAUCUACAUCUUCUUUGCGCUGGAGAUGGUGGUGAAAAUGGUGGCGCUGGGGAUCUUCGGCCGGCGCAGUUAUCUGGGAGACACCUGGAACAGACUGGACUUCUUCAUCGUGAUGGCCGGGGUGGUGGAGUAUUCACUGGAUCUGCAGAAUGUCAACCUGACGGCCAUCCGGACGGUCAGAGUCCUGCGGCCACUCAAAGCCAUCAACAGAGUCCCAAGCAUGAGGAUCCUGGUGAAUCUGCUGCUGGACACACUGCCGAUGUUGGGCAACGUGCUGCUGCUCUGCUUCUUCGUCUUCUUCAUCUUUGGCAUCAUCGGUGUGCAGCUCUGGGCUGGACUUCUGCGAAACCGCUGCUAUCCAGAGGAGAACUUCACCCACUCAACAGGUGUGGCACUCCCUGCUCCGUAUUACUCUCCCGAUGAGAAGGACGAGAGGCCCUUCAUCUGCUCUUUGCCGCAGGAUAACGGCAUCAUGUCGUGUGGUGACGUGCCGGCACGGCGUGUGGUGGGACAUCAGUGCUGUCUGGACGUGGAUGAUCUUCUGCACCAUCAGGCUCUGGGCCUCGUGACCGAGCCCUUUCUCAACGCCAGCGCUGUCGUCCCCGGGCUCUGUGUCAACUGGAACCAAUACUACACCCGUUGCCACACCGGACACAGAAACCCACACAAAGGAGCCAUCAACUUUGACAACAUCGGAUACGCCUGGAUCGUUAUAUUUCAGGUUAUUACUCUGGAAGGCUGGGUGGAAAUCAUGUAUUAUGUCAUGGAUGCUCACUCAUUCUACAACUUCAUCUACUUUAUUCUGCUGAUUAUAGUUGGCUCGUUCUUCAUGAUAAACCUGUGUUUGGUCGUCAUAGCGACUCAGUUUUCAGAGACUAAACAGCGCGAGCAUCAGCUGAUGGAGGAGCAGCGAGCUGCCCGUCUGUCCUCCAGUACACUGGACUCGCUGGUUGGACCCAGUGACUGCUACGAAGAAAUCUUCCAGCUCGUCUGCCACAUCCUCCGCAAGGUGCGCCGACGCACUGCUGCUUUCUGCAGGAUGCUCUGCUACAAACCUCCGGAGCAGAUGGAUGAGAAGACAAACAUCAAUGGAAGAGAGAAGAGCCUCCAACAACAAGAUGGCGCUGCACCUUCCACCUCAGCAGCCAAUCAGGAGACAGAAGAGGAGGCAGCCGAGGAGAAAGACAGGAACAAGAGGGUGGGGGGGGCGUGUCGGAGGCGGAGCCGCAAGCUUUUGAUGGAGAUGAGGGUCAAACUGCGGGGCAUCGUGGAGAGUAAAUACUUCAACAGAGGAAUCAUGGUGGCCAUCCUCAUUAACACCAUCAGCAUGGGCAUAGAGCACCAUGAGCAGCCGGAGGAGCUCACUAAUGUUCUGGAGAUCUGUAACAUAGUCUUCACCAGUAUGUUUGCUCUGGAAAUGAUUCUCAAGCUCACAGCAUUCGGCUUCUUUAAUUACCUGCGCAAUCCGUACAACAUCUUUGAUGGGAUCAUCGUGAUCAUCAGCGUGUGUGAGAUCGUGGGUCAGUCUGAUGGCGGUCUCUCGGUGCUCCGAACCUUCCGCUUGCUGCGGGUCCUGAAGCUGGUUCGGUUCAUGCCGGCGCUGCGCAGACAGCUGGUGGUUCUGAUGAAGACCAUGGACAAUGUGGCCACAUUCUGCAUGCUGCUGAUGCUCUUCAUUUUCAUCUUCAGUAUUUUGGGAAUGCAUAUAUUUGGCUGCAAGUUCAGUCUGAAGACGGACACCGGAGACACGGUCCCAGACAGAAAGAACUUUGACUCUCUAAUGUGGGCGAUCGUCACUGUGUUUCAGAUCCUGACUCAGGAGGACUGGAACGUGGUGCUGUAUAACGGCAUGGCCUCCACGUCUCCUCUGGUGGCUCUGUACUUCGUGGCUCUGAUGACGUUUGGGAACUACGUGCUGUUCAACCUGCUGGUGGCCAUUCUGGUGGAGGGAUUUCAGGCUGAAGGGGAUGCCAAUCGCUCGUACUCUGAUGAUGAUGAUGAAGGAACUUGCUCUAAUGGAAGUGAACAGCACAAAAACUCACUUACGUCCUCUGAUCCCAAGCUGUCAUCUUUCACUCCUAAUGGGCAUCUGGAUCUGGCACCGCUGGCGGAGGAGAAGACCAGGACAGAGUUCUCAGAGGAAAACCACCAGAGCAAAACCAUCUGCCUGGGCAGGAGAUCCUCAUCUCUGCUCCACAGCCGCAGUGCCCAUUACCACCACUGGGGGUGUCCUCCCUCUCAGCCAUCCUGGAGCCGGAGGUGUAGCUGGAACAGCGCGGGUCACUCCGUCCGUGGCCUGAGGGCCGGAGGAGUCAUUGGGGGGAGCUUACGGGUCCGCAGCAUUCACUCAAACCCCGCUGAACAUGAGUCUCUCCUGCUCCAUCCGCCCUUCCUGUCACGCCAACACGGCCGCGCUCUCUCACUCGAGCUGCCCAAGCUCCUGCAGCGCCCCCUGCUGGUCCGGAAGAAGAGCGUGUCUGCAGAACACCAGGACUGUAAUGGGAAGGGCCCGGGCCCUCAGGGGACACUGCUUGGAGAGGUUUAUCCACAGCUCAACGCACGCAAAGACAAGAACGACCUAGUGGAAGAUACGGAAUAUAGCCUCUGCUUCCGUAUCCAGAAGAUGAUGGAGGUUUAUCGUCCUGACUGGUGUGAGAAGAGAGAGGAUUGGUCCAUUUACUUAUUCUCCCCGCAGAACAAGUUUCGUCUGCUGUGUCAGACGAUCAUCGCUCAUAAGCUCUUUGACUAUGUGGUUCUGGCUUUCAUCUUCCUCAACUGCAUCACAGUGGCUCUGGAGAGACCCAGAAUCCAUCAGGGCAGUCUGGAGCGAGUCUUCCUCACCAUCUCCAACUAUGUUUUCACUGCCAUCUUUGUGGCCGAGAUGACAGUCAAGGUGGUCUCUAAGGGUCUGUAUCUGGGUGAUCGGGCGUAUCUGCGCAGCAGCUGGAACAUUCUGGACGGGUUUCUCGUCUUCGUGUCUCUGGUUGAUAUCGUGGUGUCGAUGACGGGUGGAGCGAAGAUCCUGGGCGUCCUGCGCGUGCUCAGACUGCUGAGAACAUUACGCCCCCUCAGGGUGAUCAGUCGAGCUCCGGGUCUGAAGCUGGUGGUGGAGACUCUGAUCACGUCACUGAAGCCCAUCGGAAACAUUGUCCUCAUCUGCUGCGCUUUCUUCAUCAUCUUCGGCAUCCUGGGAGUUCAGCUCUUCAAAGGGAAGUUCUAUUACUGUGUGGGUUUGGAUGUGAAGAACAUCACCAAUAAAUCCGACUGUCUGUCUGCCAAUUACCGCUGGGUUCAUCACAAGUACAACUUUGACAAUCUGGGGCAGGCUCUGAUGUCCCUGUUUGUGUUGGCAUCUAAAGAUGGAUGGGUAAAUAUCAUGUACCACGGGCUGGACGCUGUCGGGAUCGACCAGCAGCCCGUCAUCAAUAACAACCCCUGGAUGCUGCUGUACUUCAUCUCCUUCCUGCUGAUCGUCAGUUUCUUCGUCUUGAACAUGUUUGUGGGUGUGGUGGUGGAGAACUUCCACAAGUGCCGUCAGCAUCAGGAGGUGGAGGAGGCGCGGCGGAGGGAGGAGAAGCGGCUGAAGCGCAUGGAGAAGAGGAGGCGCAAGGCCCAGCGGCUGCCGUAUUACUCCUCGUACGGUCGUGUUCGGCUGAUGAUUCACUCGUUCUGCACCAGUCAUUAUCUGGACCUCUUCAUCACCCUCAUCAUCUGCAUCAAUGUGGUCACCAUGAGCCUGGAGCACUUCAACCAACCACAGUCGUUGGAGACAGCGUUGAAAUACUGCAACUACUUCUUCAGCUCUACGUUUGUGGUGGAGGCCAUGCUGAAGCUCAUCGCAUUCGGCUUCAGACGCUUCUUUAAAGAUAGAUGGAAUCAGCUGGACCUGGCCAUCGUGCUGCUCUCUGUGAUGGGAAUCACUCUGGAGGAGAUUGAAAUAAGCGCUUCGCUUCCCAUCAAUCCCACCAUCAUCCGCAUCAUGAGGGUCCUGCGCAUCGCCCGCGUUCUGAAGUUGUUGAAGAUGGCCACAGGAAUGAGAGCGCUGCUCGAUACCGUGGUGCAGGCGUUACCGCAGGUGGGGAAUCUGGGUUUGCUCUUUGUUCUGCUGUUCUUCAUCUACGCUGCGCUCGGAGUCGAGUUGUUUGGAGAACUGGUGUGUAAUGUUGAUUACCCGUGUGAAGGCAUGAGUCGUCACGCCACGUUUGAAAACUUCGGCAUGGCGUUCCUGACUCUCUUCCAGGUGUCUACAGGAGAUAACUGGAACGGCAUCAUGAAGGACACGCUGCGCGAGUGUCCGCCGGGUGACAACUAUUCGUGUAACUCCAGCCUGCAGAUCAUCUCGCCCAUGUACUUUGUCAGCUUCGUUCUGACGGCUCAGUUCGUCCUGAUUAACGUGGUGGUGGCCGUGCUGAUGAAGCACCUGGAUGACUCCAAUAAAGAGGCACAGGAGGAUGCAGAGAUGGACGCAGAGAUCGAGAUGGAGCUGGCGCAGGGCAGUCUGUGCUGUAUGGGGCGUCUGGAGCGGGCCACCGGGGUUGAUGCGGGCGAGAGGCUGGCGAUGGCUGUGGUUCACACCAACACUAACACCAGCCAGAGCAGAUUCCCACAGAACCAGAGGAGACUCUACUCACCGGCACAGGAGAACCAGUGGCUGGAGAGCGUCUCUCUGCUGAUGAAGGACUCGCUGGAUGGAGAAAUGCAGAUGAUUGAUAAUCUAUCAGGAUCUGUGUUCCACCAUUACUGCUCUCCACCAAUCAGACGAGACAGCAGGAGCCAAUCAGAAGAGAUCCGGCUGGCGGAGGUCGAGCAAACCUCUCUGAUGUCAGAGCAGCUGUCAGAUAAAUCCUCCUCACCGGCGCUGACUGAUGACAUCAGCCUGGACGAGCACAGCGGCUGUAAGGAGCACGGCAGCACUGACCUGAGCACAGACGAGCUUGUGUGCAGAAGCUUUCUUCCUCAGAGCGAGGCGUCAAGCCCAGGGCGAGACAGACAGAAUGUGCGGCAUGAGACGAGUCACCACCGAGCAGGUGGCAGUGGAGGAGACGGCCAGACGUCUUCACCUUUCUUUCAUCUCCCGGCUGAGUUCUUCCACCCCAACACCGCUGUGAUUCCCCAGGGCAGCCCUGCCACCGGAGCGGCCCAGCCGGGCUCCAGACAUGCAUCUCCAGCCUCAUGGGCUUCUCUCAGGUCCCCAGGGGCCAACAGCAGGGUCAUGGGCUCUCAGACGUCCCACAGUAACUCCUCGCUGGCCACGGGCAGUUCAGUGGGCAGUCUGCAGAUCAUGCUGGAGGAGGGUGUCUCCCCCUCAGGAGACCUUACGCUACCCCUGAUCUGCAGAACCCACGUCCCUCCUCUAGAGCUCAGCCAGAGAUCUCGCACUCCACAGACUCUGUUCAAUCUCCAGGCCACCAGGGGGCACCACAGGAAUUGGAGAGGAUACAGUGACUGCACAAACCCUAACUGGAUCCGACAGGACCCCUUUGACAAGGACACUGGAUCAGUGGUUAGGGCUGGAGGACCCGGUCAGGAUGGUAAUCCAGAACAGUUAUCGGAUAAUUUGAGUAGCUUCUCUUUGACGUCUCUGCACCCGCCAGAUUCGCUGGCGCUGCCGCUGGCCAAGAAGUGCAACAGCACUGGGAGUUUAGUACAGGGGAGCCUAGUGGGGGGAAAAGAUGGGAGGUGCCUAUAUGGAUUCGAUUCUUGGACUGAAACAAAAGGUGAGGAAACUGAGAGGGAUGCGUCCCCUGUUGGUGUAAAGACGUGCAGCCAGACUGUGGCUCCUGGCUGCCGUAAGAACAGAUGAAAUGGGCGGUUCGGUCCAGGUAUGGGACACUGUGUGGUCUCUUCCGUGAACUCAUCUCCACAUUUAUCUCGAAUGACACAAACCUGUUUCUUGUUGUGCUACUGACCAGCUAAAACUUACAGCCACAGCAACACAGUGUCUUUUCUUCUUCAGGGCAUCACACUGGACGCCUCUGAGGAGAUGCAGUAGUCAUGGAGUAGUGUUGAAUGUUCUCAGUUCAUUCAUUCAUAGGCAAAAACAGACUAAGAACAUCACCAGCCGGAGUGUGUAGUGAUCUUUAGGUGACACUGAGUGUGUAGCACGUGACAUGUUUAAAUCCAGAAAGAUGCUGUACGAUGCUGCGUUCAUGUCAUGUCGAAAUUACUGCCAUUAUGAGUACUGUGGUUGAGAAAGUCAUUUUCUUCUAAGAGCAUGUUAAAACACUGGAGGAUAUGCCUUUUUUUUUUCAGAGG